AUGGCGGGCGCCUGCGAACAGCGUCUCGGCUCUGACGCCUGCGUCCCUCUAUCCUGCCGGGGCGCAACGCAGCAGUGCAGCAGGACACGCCAGCAGGGUAGUCGUCGGAUCACCGAUCGUGACACACUUCAACGCUUCAUUUCUAACUCCAUUUCGGGACAUUUCUCCUUUAUAUCCAGCCAGCAGAAAAUGUUGCAACGACUUCACUCGUAA